AUGAAUCUCUCAAGACUUAUUCUUUCUUUUCUCUUCCUAUUCGCCGCAGCUACUGCUAAAGAUGGUGUCAAAGCAUGGUUGAGACAACAACGUCUCAUCAAACGGUCUAUCGAAUGCAAAACCAAUGAAGAGUGUUCAUCUGGCAACUGUUUUGCUGGAUCUUGUGAUGGUUUUGGGAAAAUUUUUGGAAAACGCGACAUACCAGUCCCCUGUCUUCUGACUCAAACUUGUGGAACUCAUGUCGUUUGUCCACUUGAUCUAUUCUGUCUCCAUAUUCCUUUGGGCAAGAAAUAA